CCGCAGUUGGCCGCGCACUAGGUGACGCGCUUCGCUUGUUCGCGGCCAGGACCAGUCGUUCCGAACAGGAGGACGUCCCGGGCUCGAGUCUCGGGCGAGGAUCGGAUACCAACAGCUUUAGGACAAUUUACGGACAGCACCGAGGGAAAGGUUUAUUUUCCUGCUAUAGAAAAUGAAGAGAAUAAAUAAACAAUGGAUCGAAAUAUUAUCACUCGUACUGUCCAGAAUUUCAAGAAAAGAAGCCAACUGGAAAAUAGAAAACCGAGGAACUUUAUCAUUAGUACUUCACAGAUAAAAGCAACGGUACAAUGAAAGGAGAUAAAAUAAUCAAAUUUUAAAUUUCCUCUGUUAAAAUACCACACGCUUGGUAAUAAAGAAAAAUUUUGUGUUUGUAAAGUAAAAACAAUUCUAGGGGGAUUAACAAAGUAUUUAGACUUUAUUUCUUAAAAACAUUUUUUAUCCUUCUUAAGAAAAGCUAUCAAAAAUUCGCAUUAUAUUUUUCAUUGAUUCUCUCAGCAUACAGUAAUAUUUAUAAGCUGCUAAUUUUUGGAUGCAUUUCUUGAAAAUACACCUAUAUGUACAAUUUUUUUAAACAUUAUUUAACAUUAAUUUACUUACAAAUUGUAUCGUUUAAGUAGAGUUCUUAUUGGUUUAAUAUAAUUAGUUUCUUAUAGUGUUAAAUGUAUUGAUCUAUAUUUCUAAAAUAUGGAAAUCAGUAACAAGUAAACGAAGUGAGUGUAAUGUGAAAGUGGUAAAUUUGUAGGUAAACAUUUACAAAGAACCCACGUCAGAAACCGAGGGCUUCUUUAGGAACGGCUUCGAGGUGGUAUAUCAAUUUUUUUUUUGGAAUAGCAUCGAAACCCUAAGAUAAAGGAACUCCCUACGUCAUUUAAAACAACUGCCAACAUAUCCAGGCGAUGGAACAACUGGUGACGUCGGGUGCUUGCAAGCUUGUAAGACCUACGGGAUGCCUCAAGACUUACGUUACAUGGAGUGGAGGUUCCUGAAGGUGUGAUCGAGGGCACGUCCAUUCGUGGGUUGGCUGAGCUGUUUAGGCAGUACAUUAUAAUUGCGAAAUGAUGUUGAAUCGCAAAUUGGAAGUCACCCUGGUGGCAGAGCAGAAGAAGGAGAAGUGGUGGAUGUGAACAGUUGUUCCCCCGAGUGGCCGCAGUGAGUCGAGGUCGCAGCCACGACCAUGUCCCGCAAGUCGCUGGAGGUGUGCGUGCCCAAGUCGUGGCUGGCCACGAAGACGACCAUGCUGCAGACGGCGCUGUGCAAGUCGGGGUCCUCGCUGGACCUGACGGCGCUGGGAGCCGCCGAGGCGGACCGCGAGACGCCGCCCGAGGGCAAGCUGCGGCGCGUGUUCACGACGCACGCGCGCCGCAGGUCGCUGCGCAAGAAGGAGCUGGUGAUCGGCUUCAACCUCAGCCACAUGAUGAAGGAGCCGCUGCGAGUGGUGCACUCCGUGCCGCUCAGCUUCCCGCACGGUUCGUCCACCAAUGAUCUCAUCUCCCGGAGAGGCGUGUUCAGCCGCCGCCACUACGGAUCCGUGGAGCUGCUGCCGCAGAUCGAGGUGGAUGGCCACGAGGUCAACGGCAGGAGGUUCCGAGUUGAGAAUGGCGACUCACUCGGGGAAAAAGAGGAGAUUUUUGGAUCUCCGAGUACGCCCGUCUUAGAGAAUCCAGAGUACCAGACUCGAUGGUACUUCAAAUACUUCCUUGGGAAGAUGCACCAGAACUACGUCGGCGCGGAGGCCGACAAGACGCCCUUCUUCCUGUCAGUGGUGCUGACGGACGCCAACAACCAGUGCGUGCCGCAGUACCGCGCCAUCUUGUGGAAGAAGACGGGAGCACAGAAGAUCUCAUUACCUUAUUCACCACACAAACCUAUGACUGUAAAGCAGAUAUUAAGCAAUUUCCCCAAUAUGGAGAAACUGGAGAAAGGACCGAAGGAAAUCUUUUCACCGGACAUACAAAAGGACCUGCUGCUGCUGGAGGAGCAGGAAGGAUCCGUCAACUUCAAGUUCGGCGUGCUGUACGCGCGGCCCGGGCAGAACAGCGACGACGAGAUGCUGAGCAACGAGAGCGGCAGUCCGGAGUUCGACCGCUUCGUCCACCUAUUGGGGGACAAGAUACGGCUCAAAGGAUGGGACAAGUACAGAGGCGGACUCGACGUCAAAGGCGACAUGACCGGCAAGUACUCCAUCUACACCAUUUACGAGGGCCACGAGAUCAUGUUCCACGUGUCCACCUUGCUGCCGUACUCCAAGGACAACCGGCAACAGGUGGAGCGGAAGCGGCACAUCGGUAACGACAUCGUCAACAUCGUGUACCUGGAUGGCGGAGCGGCGCAGAUGAACCACUUCAAUCCGUCGUUCAUCAAGUCGCAGUUCACUCACGUGUUCGCGCUGGUGACGCACGUGGCGGAGGACGUCGGCUACCGCCUCGCGCUCUUCUCCGAGGAGUCGGUGCCCCUGUUCGGCCCGUCGCUGCCUUGCCCGCCCGUCUUCCGCCACGCCGAGGUGUUCCGCGAGUUCCUGCUCGUCAAGCUGAUCAACGGCGAGAAGGCCGCCUUCAACACGCCGACCUUCUCCCAGAAGCGAGAGCGCACGCUGGACAUGCUCAUCAAGGACUUGCACGCCGAGCACAUGGCCGAGGGUCGAGGGACGAUGCUGAAUCGGCGCGCCUUCAGCGACGUCCUGCCCGACGCUCCGCGUGGCUCGCGCCGCAAGGAGGAGGCGCGGCAGGUGGAGUUCGUGCGCAUCGGGCAGGCGCUGAAGCUGGACACGAUUGUGAAGGGCGACGCGCCCACCAGCCUGGCGACCACAGGGCUGUUCAAGCGCGCCCCUUGGGAGCCGCACUGCUUCUACCCGGAUCUCGCUCACGAGGUGGUGUGCGGCGACAGCUGGGGAGACUGCCGCCUGCUCGUUGCCACCGAUGCCGGCAUCUUCCUCGUCGAAGAGAGCCUCUCCCACCGCCAAGUGUUCGACAAGACAGUGUUAGUAAAGCAGCUUCAUGUCGUUGAAGCACACGGCAUAUUGCUCUUCCGAACAGACAGAGGUCGCGACAGCAAGAUGCACGUGUUCCGACUGUCCGACUUCGACGGCGAGGCGGCGGCCGAGCUGCCGGCGCGCGGCAGGGCAGACCUGAAGGAGCACCGGCUGGAGCGCACCAAGGGCUGCCACCUGUACGCCGUCAGUCGACCUGGCGGCUCGCACCUCCGAGUGGUGGUCGCGAUAGGGAGGAAGCUGCUGGUGAUGCAGUGGAAGCACUCGACGGCGUGGACGGCGUGGUGUCCGGCCAGCGACACGGACACCGUGGAGGGCUUCCAGUACAUCAGGGAGAUCCAGGCGGGCGAGGCGCCGAUGCUGGUGACGCUGGUGGACUCGACGCCCGGCGCCGCCGGCCGCGCGGCCGACAACCACAUCUGCAUCGGCUACCGCGGCCAGUUCGACCUGGUGAACGAGCGCACGGGCGAGGUGGCGCGCCUGCACUGCGUGGACGGCAGCCGGCCGCACCUGGUGGCCGCCCUGGACCUGUACGAGGACGACGAGGCGGAGCUGCUGCUCUGCUACAACCACACCUGCCAUUUCCAGAAGCUUUCUGAAGAAAUUGUCACUACUGAAUUCGACUUUCACUGGAAUUCCGUACCCUCAGCCAUUGUGUGUGCCUUCCCGUACAUCUUUGCCUUCACUACUGACUCAAUGGAGAUCCGCCUGAUCAUUAAUGGAAACUUGGUACAGAACAUGAUCAUGCCGAAACUAGCGCUUAUAUGCUCCAAGAACGACAUCUUCUUCGCGACGACAGCGCCGGAGUUCUUCCACGGCCGCAUGGAGCGGCUGCAGGUGGACCGCGCGGAGAGGGACCCAAGCGUGUCGCCGCCGUCGUCGCCGCACUCUUCCCCGGAGGCGCGGCCCUUCCGCCUGUACCGCAUCCCGCUGCAGACGCUGAGCGGCGUGGUGGCGCCGCGCGACCGGCGCUGCCCCACGCCGUCGGCGCCCGGGGGCGGCGCGGAGGCGGGCGGCGGGGGCGGCGGGGGCGGGCUGCUGGUGCCAGAGCCGUCGCGCGGGCUGAGUCGCAGCUGCUCUUCGUCGCCGACGCCGCCGCACCCCGCCUUCCUCGCCGCCCCCAAGUGAUGGCGGCCGUCCAGCGGGUAGCGCCCCGGCCGCCCCUGAAGGACUCUCUCUCUCUCUCUCUCUCUCUCUCUCUCUUUUCUACAGCAAAUCACUCGACGGCCGAACGUAUAUUUUCAUACAGAGCAUAUACCGCGUAGUGGACGUCAGAAAAAAAAAAAAAAAGACAUUGGAAUACGUCAUUUUCACACACAAAAAAAAAAAAGAACGCUUUAUUACAAGAGCAGAAAUUUCGGAAGAUGUUUUAAUACGUAAUUUUUCGUGUCACUACGUAAGCACAAUGAAUGCUGUCGCGCAAGCUGUGUUUCCGUCGUGUAGAUAUUUCGUGUGUUGGUGAAUGAAACUCAGAUCGUGUACACAGUAGCUGUUAACCGGCUGCUUGGUCCGGUGGUAUUUACAUCUCACUGACAUAUUAAUUGCAUCUGGAAAUUGCGCCAAUUAUACUGUUCCAAGUCGUUUCUCAUAAAACACCACCAGAAAGUCUAGUUCUGAUUUUCAACUUUAUAUUGCUUUACACUUUAUUUUUUAGCAAUGGUUAUUUUGUCUUGUAGAAAAGCGUAUGUGCUGAAAAUUUAUGUUCCUUUUAUUAUAUUUUUCCAAUCUUAUAAAUUUUUGUUUCAUUUACUCUAGUUGACAGCAAAAUUUAACUGUUAAUAUUUAAUUAGGCUUGAUCACUUGAAAGUUUUCCAUUUAUGUUACUGCAAAUUAACACUCUAAUAUUUCUAAAGCAUAUUUGUUUUUUGUAAGGUUAUAAAAGUAAAGUUUAAAUUUAUUUUUUAAGACAAUACUUUUAUGCACAGUUCCCUUGCUAACUAAUCAAAGAAUGGUAGGUCUAAAUGCCUUCCUGAAUCGGUGCAUUUCUAUCCGAGAGCACCGCACAUGAUUUCAAUUUUAAGCUUUUCUUUACUUUUCCGAAUGAUAAAAUAUAAAUAUUUACUUCCCGCUAGCUUCAUCGUAAACUUAUUCCGUACAGUUGAUACUUUUUAAUUGCAUUUAGUAAUAGCUUACAAUUUUACGUUAAAUAAGGUAGCAAGCCUUUACACCUAUAGUAUUCAUCCUGAAAAUGUGACUAUUGAACAAUUUAUUACGAAAGCUACUUACUUACUAAACCAGAUUAAAAACGCUUAGUUAGUUAAAAAAAAAUCUUGUCAAAACGAUGUUUCCGCUUGACUUCAGCAUUAAAAUUAUUUGUAAUAUGAUACCACAGGAAAAUGUCUCAAAAAUGUGGACUAAAUAAAAUAAUUGUUAUUUAUAAUUUUUUAUCUAUUUUUCUCGUUUCGUUUAGAUAAACUUAUUCAUAAUUAUUUCACAUUUUUCCUUUUAAAAAUAAUAUCAGUUAUUUUUUCAUUCCACAGAUACUUGCCAACACAAUCACCGCGCCAAUAUAUUAAAAUUUUAUUUAUUGUCGACAUUCUUCAAAUACAUAUUUCACGGUAGCUUCAGAAUAGAGCUGUAGGUAUUUUCUUUAUUUUGGGUCUCGCUCUUUCUGCAAAGUUAUAAUUAAUUUAUAUAGUUCAAACUAUGUAAAUGUUUAUUUUUUUGUUUUAUUACUUCAUUCUUUAUAAGUAUAAAAUUGAGUAUUUAUAUGCGUACUACCAGAAUCAGUAAAAAUAUGUAGCUAAAAGCAACGUAUAGCAGUAUAUGAGGUUCGGUGAGAGUUAUCAUACCACGAUAUUAGUUCUGUGCAUUAUGAAAUUUAGUAACUACCUUUCACUUUCUUUAAUGAAAAAAUAAGCCAAAAAUCAUGUUCAACCAAUAUUGAUGGUUCUCAUAUUAAAAAGUUUAUUGUUCCCGUGUUUUAUACAGCUCCAUGAAAAAGAAUUUAAUAUUUUGGUUUAAUAUAUUGGUCAAAGAUAUGAGAACAGUAAAUAAUGAUUCUUAAGUACAAAAUAUCAGUAAAUUAUGCAAAGAAAAUAUACAAAUUUAAAAUCAUAAUGAUUUGUUUUAUAUUAUACCUUUUGCAAUAUAUCUUUGGAACACAAAAUUACUUUGAAGGGUAGUCAUAUUUUCAUAAAAAAACUAUAAGGUUAAACUAGAAGUCAUCUUUUGAUUUCUGAAUAAUAAAUAAACCAUUCAAAACAUAAAUACAGGCGCACAAUACUAUUACAAUGGCAAAAUCUUAUAAAUGUAAAAUUUAUUUAUAGUACAUACAAAGAAAGGUGACCACUUAAAUAUUGACCUCUUUUAUACUUGUGUUUUAUAAUGACUGAACAGUUUAGAAGUAUGACACAUUUAUAACUGAGAAACAAAAAAAAACUAUUAAUCUAAUCUCUCGCAGUGGCAAAAGAUGCAAACUAGAUGAAUAUUUUACUAUACCUUUUGUUCUUAGGCCAAAGCAAGAAAAGUACUUUAUCAUCAUCAAAUCAAUAUAAUGUACGAAUAUAUUCACAGUGUAUUUUUAAAUUCCAAGUAAAGUGUCAGUGACAUUCUGUAUUCGAUUAAUAAUGUUUAUGUAAUUUAAUUUGUACAGUACAAAUCAAGUGUGAAAAAUAUAACAUUAUUAAUAUAUGUAUUCUAUUUCAUGUAUGUAACUUACCUCUCUGAUAUAGUGUGUAGUAAUAUUGUUUCUUACUUUCUUUCUAAACCACUAAAAGUCACACGAAAAAUAAUAAAUACUAGUCUUUGAAAGUGUCUUAUUACUAAACUAAGAUAAUUCUUUUCCAUGUGUGUUUUAAACCGAGUAAUUAAAUUAGAUACGGGAUUUCAUGCAAACCAUUUCUGUGUAGAAAUAAUGAUUGUGUGUUUUUUCGACUUUUAGAUGUCUAGUAUAACCACAGAACUGUCCAUUUAUACGAUGAAUAUUUCACUGCAAAUCUAAAACGAUUUAUGUAAUUUUUUUUGUACUUAAAAAGAAAGACACAUGUGAUAAAAUAACUUGCAUUUAUGACUGUACAUACUACAUAAUAGAAAGUUAAAAAUAUAGUAUAGAAUAUUUUUGUUCAUAAUGCAGUGAACUAGGUAAAUGUAGUUUCUAGAAGCUUAUUUAGGAUAAACAGCAAUAGGUAUGUUGUCUUGUGUGUGUACAAUGAUGCUAUCCUUAAAAGCGUGUUAAAAAUUUCCUUACAAUAUUUGUGUCCUUAUGUUAAUUUUGUGAUAUGUGAUGUAUUUUCUAUCUUACAACUCAUGCAGUGCGAAAGCUGUGCACGGGAGAGAGCAAUAUGAGAUGUUGAUCACGAGAACGUUGAAGCUGAUUCACUGCAGACACGGAUGAAGGUCCAUACGAAGCUCGCGGCCACUUAGUCCCGUUCUACAAUGACACGUAAACGGAGACGGAUCUCACGGAACAGGGUUUCUACAACAGCACGCAGACGGAGACGGUCCCGUACGGAUUUGCUCGCCAAUGCUCAGCGAUUCAGUUUACGUUGCUCCGUACGGCCAAUAGAAGCCGAGUGUUUGGCUGCGAUGGUAACCAUGUUUGUUUAUGAUCUAUAUUUGUUAUAAAUGGUUUUUUGCACAAUAAUAUUUUAGUGUUCUAAUAUUACUUUGUCGUUUAUUUUUAUUACAUAUAUUUGAAUUUUACCCGUGCUAUAUUCUCAAAGCAUAACAUUUUUUUAAAAUUAAAUUAAUGCUUCAUAACUUUGGAACAAUAUAGUUGGUUGCCAUUUGUUACGUUUCCGUGCGUUGUGGAAGCAGAAGACGCGACAGUGAAAUGUUCCGUGAGAUAGGCCUCUCUCCGUUUACGUGAUACGUCUCCAUUUCCGUGCUAUUGUAGAACGAGCCUUAGGGCGUCGAACUGAUAGUGGCACCAUCUUAUAAACAGUUUUAGGUAACAUAACUUUCAGGAAAAAAUAAGCCUCAAAAUUUUCCUUUAGUCAUUAUAGCUAAACAAUGCUUGUCAUGAGAUAAAUGCUCUUUCUUUGGUUUCCAUUUAACACUUAAUCCCCCGGGGUGCUAAAAUUUUUUUUAACAUGAUAUACAAAGUUAGUUGUUUCUUCUUACUGAGAAAAAUAUUAUACUGAAAUGAAUUAAAAAUACAAAAAAAAUCGCUAUUAAAAUUGCUUAAUAUAUAUAUAUACACCCAAAUUAAACUGUUAUUGUCAUGAAGGAGUUUAAGUUUGGUGGGGGGAAAACAGGCACCUUUAUACCUUUCCUCUCAUGUCGUAAAAGAGGCCUUAUCCGUCUCUGAGUGACCGACAACGUUUGAUUGAAAAUUACUGGUUAAAAGCUUUAAUAAUGAUGAACUGAUCAUCAAGUUCUGUAGUUUGUAUUGUUCAGAUGCAUUAAUUUUGCUCAAACAUGGACACUGACUAAUUUCUUCCAUUUUGGGUGACAAAAUAUUUUUAAACAGCAACAGUUUCUCCUCAUGCUCUAAAAAAAAUUGUUGUUUACAAAAAUAUUUCAACGAUCUGAGUUUGAAUUCAUUUUUUUGGAGUAUAUUAUUGCUACUUAUUUUUGAUUGAGAAUUGCUCAAUAUGAAGCUGCAUAGUUUUUUUGGUUAUUUUAGAAUAUUUACUAAGCACGAAAAACUUCUUUUACACACAUGAACCAACUCAACCAAUAUUUUUGUAACUUUUUCUGUGCAACUUUUUAAAAUAUUGUGCGUAACAUAUUCCAACAUAAUUUUUUUUUUUGUAUUUAAAAAAAUUAACAUUAAUUUCAAAACUUAGUUUUUAAACAAUUGCUUUAAUAUAUUUUAAAAUUACAAAUAAGUUCAUUACUAAAUUUUUCAAUUUUAAUUGCAUUUAAAUAAAUUUUCAAUAACCUAGAAUUUACUUUUAAUCUAUAUUCUUAAAACGAUAUUUAAUUUUCAAUUUUUCUUAUAAUCGUUUUAUUUACGUGUUUUAUUGACACUUUUAGAUUUCAAUAUUUACAGCUUUUAAAUGAUUCUCUCUCUAUGCAAGAGCUCUUCAUUGAUCUUUAUAACAGAAGUCACACUUAAACACAAAAACGUAUCAAUAAAAUUUCGCUUCAAAAUUAUUUAUGUUGCGAUUGGCAAUUUAAUUUACCAGCCACUUCGUGCUCCUGACCAAGAUACUUAGUUCUCUUCAGCUAUGUACAGCUGGAUUUCGGGAGGUGGAAAUUAAAUCACUGUCACCGUUGCCUUUCAGUAUUUUGGAAUGAAAAUAAUAUUAAAUAUAUCUUCGUCACAAAUAUGAGGCAACUGUUUCAGUAGAGUCUACCUGGUAAAUGAAGUAAAAACCAUUUUCAACCAGUGAACCUUCGAUUUAACUCACCCUUUAGUGGAUCUCACGCUUUGUUGAGAGUACAGAGUGAAUAGCACCCAAUGUUGCCAGGUUGAUCCCACCCGGGGUGUUAACAGUAAAAAUAUUAUUUUGUGUACCAUCAUUAAUUACACUAAGUUUUAAAGAGUUUUUUUUUAAUUUUACUUUUUGUCGAUGCUUCUAAGAUAAUAUAAUAAUGUGUAUUGAGAGAAGAACAUAUUAAUUCAGUUAUUUCUGUGGAGAAACUAUUUUUAGUAGUCGGUCUCUUUUAAUAGAAUAGAGAAAUAAUUUCUAAUAUCUUAACCGUUGAAACUAGGAUGGCGCUUUUCAUACAUGGUUCUUUAGAAUAUAAAAUAAAAUAUUAUCAGAUGAUGCUCUUGAUUAAACAUAUUUCUGAAUUUCUCUUUCCGAAAUUUCCCUUAUAAAACAAUGUUUAAGUAGUAUUAAAAAAUAUCAUUUACAUUAAAAAGUCGUGUUAAAACACUUGUGCUCUAUAUCGUUUAUCUGGCAACAGAACACAAACAAGUACAACACCAACAGCAGAAAUCGUGUUUUGGAAUGAGAAAGUAAAAGCCUUUUAAAAUGCGCACUGCAAUCUAGGGAUAAGACAAGCUAUCGUAGUUGAAACAUAGCUUAAGAGUAUCGCAAGCAUCACUAGGAAUGUCAAAUAUUUUAUAUUUCGCCUCCCACCACUGCGAUACGGGUUCGAAUUCCGGCGGUUUAUUUGCACGUUUUAAACAUGGCGGACGAUCCCGUUAUCUGGUAAGUUUUUUAGGGGUGCUCCUGUUUCCAGCACAAAUUAUUUAUGUCAGUGCUCCAUUCAACCAUUCCACCCCUUGUCGCUUCUAAUGACCUCGAUACCGGCGAGACGUUAAUUCCCAAUUCAAUCAUUAAUUUUAAUACCUCAAUUUACUGUAAAAUUUAUUUACACGUUUUGAUUUACAUUAAAAUUUUAUAUUGGAUUAUAGUAGCACUAAACACAAACAAAACUGUAAGUUUAUGAAAGGAUCGAAAACUCUACUUAAUAAAAUAAACUAACAUAUAUUAUAUUCAACUCUUAGAGCAAUGAGGAAAGACUGAUAACCUUUUUUUUAUUUUCAAAAACAAUUUUCGAAAACAUUUAUUUAUUUAUUUGAUAAUUAACACUUCUCGUUGGCAAUAUUUAUUAAGUCCCUGCCAGGGAAUAUAGCUUCGAAUUUUUGUUACUACACGAAUGGAAUUAAAAUUUUGAAUGUAGCAAUUUGUACCCCAAUUUUAUCUUAAUAAUAAAAUAGUAAAUGUACAUGCAGUGCAUUUAUUUGUUCUAGUAUUUUUAUUUUGCUAUAAUACGAAAUCUUCUGUGAUAACAUAACUUCUUAACACACAUGAAUGUUGUAAAUACUAAAUUUCUUCCUAAAAUAUUGAAUUCAUUUUUUAAGAAAUGUAAUUGUAUGUAAUGUAUUAAAGUGUGCAUAAUAAUAAGUGUAAGUAUAUAUAUCAUUUUAAAAUUCAGUUGCAUGAUUAAUGUUGUUUAUGUGUGUUUUUGCACAGUGUAAUAUUUAACGGGCAGGACCCAGUCGUUAUGUUUUAAGAGUAGUUAAACGAAAUUAUAAGUUUACUAAAACUAAAUUUUAAAGUCAUAAAUUAUGACUGUUACAUAUUUUUACAACCAUAAAAAUUAAUUCAUGUGUCAUGUGUUGUUUAUAGAAUGUAAAUGUUUUUAGGUUAUUAGAAAGACACUACAAGACCACAUUUAUAGCGUAAUGUCUUCUAUAUGUCACGGUCUACAAAUAAUGAAGCACUUUGUGGCUAAAUGAAAUGCAGUUAGUCAUAAGAUUACUUCCCUUUCACUAAAGAAUGUGAUAUUUAUACACGAAUAAAUUAUAUGCCAUCAAAUUUUGCGUGACUUUCAAGCUCUUGUUAAGAGUAUAUAUUAAAAUAUGUAUAAUUUCUAUACAAAUUGUGCUUGUGUAGAUCUGUAUUUUCUCCUAUAUAAAACUCAGUACAUUUAGAACUUUACAGCAUUAUAAGACAUUUGACGUUAUAAUCGUAAUAGUUCUCCACCUAUGGUUUCAAUUCGUUGCGUUUUAGUCAGAGAUUAAAAGAGUACCAUUAAAAGAUAUAUUUAGGUUUUGCGUAACGUAUUAUUCUAGUUUAGUUACUUUUAUUUACAGAACGUAUUUGGAACUAUAGCCUCUUAUUAAAAUUAUAAUGUAUUUUGUGUUUUAUAUUACCGUAAAUAUAUUCCUUAAAAUUUUAUUCAGUUAUUUGUGAACUUAUACGCAUUACAAACUGUGCCACAUAAGAUCUGUGAUUUUUAAAUUUUGGUUUGCAUGGUGGCUACUUGUGAGAAAUAUGUGUACGAAAUAUAUGGUGACUUAAAAUAUUGGAAUAAAAUUUCUGGACUGAUUUGCGUGUGGGUAACUUCAAGAACUAUUUAUACUUGGGCUCUUCAUUACAUGGAUUUCUCUGCUUUUACUUAAUAACACUUUCUACUUCAGUGUAUAAAACUUUUCAACCAAAUUGUUAUGAGUGUUCGUUUUCAUGGAUUAACAGCAAAAACUUUGUUUUACGUAGAAAAUCGCUGACUGAAUCAGACACAUUAGUCGAAUAGUUCGUAAAAACUGAUUGUGGUUUGUAAGCUCUAGGAGCCAAAUGUACCGUAUACUUCAAAAAAGACAAUUGAAAUAAAACCAAAAUUUUAAAACGCUAUAUACACCGCAGUAUUAAAAAUAAGGUAUGUAUUUACAUUGCAACAACUAUUUUACUUUUAAAAUCAAAUUCAUGUAUUUUAACUUAUGUUUGAGAUGUAAACAAUGUCUUCAACUAUUAAUUAUUUUGUAUUCAAUUUUGAUUAAACCCAUAAUUUAAAAAUAAAGUAUGGAUAUUUUUAACUGUUACCAUAA